UCUCAAGAGUGCUUCUCCAUGAUGACUAAAUGAAUGAUAUCAUGUCGCGCUAUACUAAAUUAUUUUCUGGAGUAGAUCAUGCUAAAGCUUAUGCCAGGUAUAGGCCGACCUAUCCUGCAGAAGUCUAUGAGCAAAUCUUGCAAUUUUUAACAGGGAAAGACGAUCGAGUAAAAUAUGACUUAGCUGUCGAUGUCGGCUGCGGCUCAGGCCAAAGUACCAAACCAUUAGCUCGCUAUUUUACUCAAGUAAUCGGUCUUGAUCCUAGCCAAGGUCAAAUCCAACAAGGCAAUGAAAAAAAAGAAAAUGCGAAUGUCACAUUGCAAGUCGGUUCCGGCGAACAGUUACCUUGUCAUUCCAACAGUGUUGAUUUACUGACAUGUGCACAAUCAUUCCAUUGGCUCGAUGAGAAGAAAUUUUUCGCUGAGGCAGAUCGUGUACUCAAGCCUGGUACGGGUUGCUUAGCUUUAUAUGGUUAUGGCAACUCCAUCAUUACAAACAACCAUGAAGUGACCAAAAUUUGCCAUGAUUUCUAUCAAGGUACACUGAAAGGUUACUGGUCGGAUAGAAGAUGGUAUAUUGAUAACUUGUAUCGCCAUAUCACGCUACCGUACACUGACCAGAUGAGAAUUGACACCAUAACUAUAGAAGGCAGUAUGAGCUUAGAUAGCUAUAUUGGUUAUUUAAGCUCUUGGUCAGCGUAUCGUGCUUACCUACAAAAGAACUCUGAUGAUCCCUUGCUUGAUGUCAAAGCUAGAAUGUUGGAAGCUUUGCAGCGAGCCUCAGGAAAUGACACUAUCGAGUAUACCUUCCCUAUUUUCAUACUAUUAGGUCGUAAGCCAGGCGAAAACGAAAAUUAAUGGUUUCACUUUGCAUUAACGGUGUAGACGAACUAUUAAAUGCUAUACUAGCGUUGCUGAUUUGGAUAUCAAAAAUUUUACGCGUAUUCCAUAGUCAGGCGUAAGAUUUCAUCAUAUUUUUUAUACGUCAGCUUUUAACAUAUACACAUGUUUAACUCAUUAGUUGUAAAAGAUCUCUUUGUUU